AUGUCGAAUAACAGCGCCUAUGUGGUGCCACCAGUGAAGAAGACUAGCACAUCCACAUCAUCCAAAACAGUCUUCCACUUUGCCGCCGGCCUCUGCUCAGGUCUCACCUCCUCCAUCCUUCUCCAACCAGCCGAUCUUCUCAAAACCCGAGUCCAACAAUCCGGCAAAGCCAACGCGCUCCUCCCCACUCUCAAAGCCAUCCUCUCUUCUCAAAAUCCUAUCCGCAAUCUAUGGCGUGGAACACUUCCCUCCGCCCUUCGAACGGGGUUCGGUUCUGCCCUCUACUUCACCAGUCUGAACGCCCUGCGCCAGACAAUCGCCCAGGCCAAUCCUCCUCUCGCCCUAUCAAAUCCAUCAACAACAAGCACAUCCUCCUCCGCUCUACCAAAACUCUCUAAUACGGCAAACUUGGCCACGGGUGCCGUCGCUCGCGUCGCCGCAGGAUUCGUGAUGAUGCCCGUCACCGUGCUCAAGGUGCGCUAUGAGUCAGACUACUACGCCUACCGCAGCCUCUGGGGCGCCGGCCGUGAUAUAGUACGCACCGAGGGUGUGCGCGGUCUCUUCGCUGGCUUCGGCGCCACGGCGGCUCGAGACGCCCCCUAUGCCGGCCUCUACGUGCUUCUCUAUGAGCAGCUAAAACGCCGUCUUGCCUCAAUGACCACGACAAGCUCUACCACCUCUGACGGGACCCCUCUGGCAGGAGUGUCCUCGUCCUCAAUCAACUUUGUCUCAGGCGCCACGGCAGCUGGUCUAGCCACCGCUAUCACAAACCCCUUCGACGCGGUCAAAACGCGGCUGCAACUGAUGCCCGCCAAAUACGGCAACAUGGUCCGGGCAGUGCGCUUAAUGAUUCAUGAAGAUGGCAUGCGCAGUCUCUUUGGUGGUCUGGGCCUGCGUAUGGCUCGAAAGGCAUUGAGCUCUGCGCUGGCCUGGACAGUCUAUGAGGAACUCAUCUUGCGGGCUGAGAAGCGAUGGGCCGCGAAUCAUCAGAUGAGUCUGUAG